CCGCGCAAACAAGCCGCAGCUCACCUGUCAGGUAACCUUAGUGACAUCUGGUCCACCUGGGGAGGCUGUCGCGUGACGGAGAGCGGGGAAAAACGGUCCGUUUCCGGUUUAAUUCACUGUUUUUACCUGUUCGAGCUAACGUUAGUCUGUUAGCUUAGCAUCUCUAUUCAGACUGGAACACCAGGGCCGCGUCCCAAUCCGCUCGGUGCGUCCUCAACUCCUCUCCUCUCUCCUCUAAACUAACGGAAGAGAAGAUGUUGAGGAGGAAACCGACUCGUCUGGAGCUGAAGAUCGACGACACCGAAGAAUUCGAGAGCGUCAAGAAGGAGCUGGAGGCCAGGAAGCGUCAGCGAGAGGAGGCGGAGUCAGGAGGCGUCGUGGGCGGGGCUUCUGUCAUCAGUGUCGACGUCAUUGGGGGCGGAGCCUCCGCUUCGGCGUCUUCCUCCACGGCGGCGUCAAGGGCGGAGCUUAUCAACGAGCGAAUUGGCUACAAGCCCCACCCCAAACCAGCCACGCUGCCCACCUUGUUUGGAAGUUUACAGUUUUAGUGUCAAUGGAAAUAAAAAUGUGUGAAAUGGAAA